AUGGCGGAUCGGUCGAACCGUGGUGGCGAGGGUUCGGACAAGAUUGUCAAGACGGAACUAUUCUGGAAGCUCCUCCACAAACAGAUCGCCCCCAAGAACAGCGUCGACCGCAAGAGGAUCAACUACACGCUAGCCGAGAUCGACUCGGUGCUGCAGGCCGUCGUCGAGGUGUUGGGCAAGGAUGAGACGCUGCUGACGAUGAGUCCACCCAUUGUCAUUGUUGGAGAUAUACAUGGACAGUACUACGACCUGAUCCGGAUGUUCAACACAUUCGGCGAGACGAACAAGGACGGGUCGGCGUCGGUGAGCGGAGUGACGAAUGGGAGGUAUCUGUUCCUGGGCGACUACGUGGAUCGGGGCACCAACUCGCUGGAGUGCAUCAUGAUGGUGUUCACGCUGAAGAUACUCUUCCCUAGACAUUACGGUCUGCUUCGGGGCAACCACGAGUGCCGCGCCAUCAACAAGGUGUACGGGUUCUACGACGAGCUGGUCGAUCGAUAUGGGCAAGACGACGCGGACGCGCUGUGGCACUCGUUCAACAACGCCUUCGCCAUGCUGCCCCUGGCCGCCAUGAUCGGCAAGAAGAUAUUGUGCAUGCAUGGAGGCAUUAUGGACUCUCUGCACUUUUUCCAUGCUUAUCGAAAAGCCGCAUUAAUGCUCAGCUGGGUGCCGAACCACGUGCGCGGCGUGUCGUGCUACUUUGGCGAGGACCGCGUCGAGGCGAUAUGCAAGCAGCUCGGCCUCGAGCUCAUCGUCAGAGCCCAUCAGAUGAUGCAAAACGGGUACCACUUCUUCUGCAACCGCAAGCUGAUCACCAUCUUCACGGCGCCGCGCUAUUUUGUGGAAAAGAACAACAAAGGCGCGACGCUGAAGGUGGACAAGUCGGGGAAGCUCUCCAUCAAGAUUCUCCUCCCCACCACCGAGGACAAGCGGGGUGAGAACGUGUUCCGCCGUGAGCUCGACCAGACGUACAGCGACGAUUCCGGAUAUCAAGUGUUCGUUCCCCCGCUUCCGCCCGCCAACCCUCGGCCCUCGAAAGCCGCCUCAAAGCGCCAAAGCCAGGGGCACCACGGC